GGCAAGUCUCACCAUCCUGUCCCUGUCUCUCCUUUCCUCCCUCACACACGCCCACACCCACCCAGAGCCCAAGCCCAACCUUGACCUGGAACCCAGCUCGCUCGUGCUCGUGCUUGUGCCGUGCCCACCGACCGCCAUUCCCCUUCCUUUCCCACUCUGUCCCGUCCAUUUUCAUCGCUCUCUUUUUUCGUCUCUUUUGAUCAGGUCUUCCAUCUCGUCAUUCCCCCAGCCCACUCAUUCAGCAGCCACUCACUCGGUCAAUCAUUCCAGGGCGAAGGAGAAGGAGAAGGAGACAUAACCGACACACAACCGCGAAAAACAACGUGAUCCUCGAGCCGGCACAACACACACCCGCCAAGUCAAGUCCCGCCAGAGUCACUCGUUUUCGCUCCAGUGCGCCUGCCUGUGUUUUGUUUCCUGGUUUCAGGUCCAGGCCUGUCUUUUCUUCCCCUACUUCUCCCAUCUGCCACCCACCUGGUACUGUUCCAAUACGGACACCGACCAGCUCAGCCGACCUUACCUCCCUUUCUUGCACUUCCCCCCCUACCUGGGUCCUCGACGUUCUAUUUCCUUCCGGAUUCCACACUACGCCUUCCUCACUCGCCGACCACCAACGCGGCUCAUCCCUCGCUCUCCAACCGCAUCUCCCUUUCACCAGGAACUGCGAAGAAAGGGCCUGUUUCCGCCAGGGACCCCAUCAAUGUCAUCUCCGCCCCAAAUCCAAAAGGGAGAAUUGUAGGAUACUAAAAUCAGGAAGUGGGAUAGCGUGAACGGAAAGGGUUCACAAAGGAAACAAGACUGUUGGAUCUCGCCCUCGAUUGUGCCAGCCUUUGUCCGAACCACAGUCUAUUCUUACUCGCCCGCCACCCAGGGUACCCGACGAAGACCUCGUGGCUCUCUGGUCGAGUCCACAAACAAAGACUCGCCUCUCUGUCAAGCCGACCGUUGUGUCGACCACAGAAGUCGUCCUUGCCGACGACACCCUCGCCAUCGGAAGGCCGCAAACCGAUUUGCACCAACCCCGUCGAAAUCUUUCGCUGUUUUCCGAUCCGAUUUCAAAUUGAUUCGUCAGCCAAAUCACCCAAAAUGAAGACGACAACACUUCUCGCAGCGGCAAUCGCUUCUGUACUGCCAGCAUAUGCAGCCACCACCACAGCAGCCUCGAACCUCGAAGAGCCAUCAGCGGCACCAACACUCGGAGCCCAGAUCGUCCAGGGAUGCUUCUCAUCAUGGGGAAACCUUCAAUUCAACUCGACGCCAGACUUUAACUCGAAGAGUAAGUGUGCUGUCGACCUGUGCUACGCCGGCGGCUUCCAAGUUGCUGCGACGACCGGCGGCAAUCAGUGCUAUUGUGGUAAUGAAUACCCACCGAAGGAAUCGCUCGUGGAUGAUUCCAAUUGCGACGUGCCCUGCCCCGGCUAUGGCGUUCAAGCCUGUGGUGGCAUCGAUUUUUACACAGUCUACAACACUGGUAUCAUGCUGGCGGUCAAAUUCUCCGCCGAGAACGUAACAUCCUCCUCUGCAACCCCAAGCGUGGUCGCAUCAUCCACGAUCGUGUCAGGCGGUCAGACCAGUGUUGUGUACGUGACUUCUUCGCCAUCGAGUCAGCCAGAAGAGGACAAGGGCGGCCCACCUAUGGGAGGAAUCAUCGCCGGCGUGGUGGUUGGUGUCGUGGUUGUCGGUGCAGCAUUCGGUGGACUUUGGUUCUACAUGCGCCAGAAGAGGAACCGAGAGAUCGAGGAGGAGCACCGCCGCAACGCAGCUGUCAAUGCCUUCAUGGGCGGUAAGCCACCCGGCAGCAGUGGCGGUUACUCGAUGGAGACGGACACCCGUCUGGACCCCGUCAUGGCCCAGCGGAGGAUGAGCAGUGGCAGCAUCGCCGACAACCAAGAUUACUCGCGACGAAUCCUUCGUGUGACCAACGCGUGAUGACGUUCCCCAUUUACGACGAACGAUUCCUGCCUGUACUCUACUCUUCUAUUGGCAUCUUUCGGCGUUUGGUAAAUUGUUCUCAUGUCACCGGUCAAUCAUACCACGCGACGAACCUCCGGCGUUUCAUAUUGGCACAAGGAAAGCAACAUAUCUGGGGUCACGAACAGGACGUGGGCAUAUAUCUCCCCCAAGGCAUCCGUUGCCUCUUCCUCCGCCGUCCCCUCCUUCGCCAAUCUUUCGGCACUUCUUUCGGUAUGCCUCCGGCACGUCUCCUCCCCUGAGCCCCCCGGCCAGAGACGACGACGAUCCUCUUGAGACUACCACUUUUUCGUCACUACGAUUAGCUUUGUGAUACCACUAUUUUGGAGACUGGGUGAAGGCGUGGAUAUGGAGUAUUCAACCACAACCCAAAAGACAAGGCUUGUCCCGAGACAAGGCAACCUUGAUGCAUCUAUAUUUAUUAUUUGUCAGGGCGGCUGAUUUUGGGAACAAGGAGAAAAGGACGUUAGAACGGGGACCAAUAACCCAGAAUGAGCGGGAAUAGGCUGGCCGCUCGCUUGUCAGGUUGUCUGGAAGCGGCAAGAAAGCGCACAUAUGGCCGGGAUGGGUGGGGGAUGUUGCGUCCGUCUUGGAGUGAGUGCCCGGUGUUCUGAGAGAGAAUCUAUUCUACAGGCCAUCAAAGAUGCGAGCAUCCCGCCUCCCGAAUGUAUCAGUUGUCAGCCUGUGCCAAGGAAACACCUUGGAAUGUUCGAGACAGGUAAUUGAUGGAUAGACAUAUCUUUUAUUUUCUUUAUCAGACAAUUCCAUCUUCAUCCCAGACGGCGGGGAAUCAAAGCUAUGUGGUGGAAUGUGAUUCCCAGUCAUCUUUUCUGAUGUCGGAACCCGAGCGCGCUCGACGCCGCGCCCGGCGCCCACCGUCUGUCUAAAUGGCACCGACGGCCUAGCUCACUUACGACACCUGUCUUGUGCCCGCUGUCUCACGUCUAUCUCGCAGCUGAACACCGUCACACGACCCGCCGACCAACGCCCCCAUCGCACAUUAUCUCGGACUCGGCAAAUGUUUCCACUCGACGAGCAAACGCGAUAUUGUUGCGGUCGCUGUGAGAUUCCGUGGGGGUGGGAGGGAGGUAUUGUGGUGUGUUUCACACUGGGUCUUGCAAGAUCUCUUGAGUGGAGGACUGGGGAGGGAGGGAUCCGCGGCUGGUUGUUCUAGCACACGCUGGGCGAAAGACACUCCUCGAGGCCGGAACCUAAAGAGCAAAAAGAGGCAUCGGCCUGGCCGGCUCUUGAUAGGACACACACACACACACACACACACACACAUACACACACAGAUCGGGCUAUCGACUGUUGUGUUGCCUCCAUCCACUUGGGUUCCCCCUCGCCUUUUCCCGGCCGAAUCCUUUUCGAUCCGACCGCCUGGGGAUUGUUGGGCCGCGCAAAAGGGUAGAUGUGCGGACGUGGGAAUUGAUCUGGUGUGUGUGUGUAUCGCUGUGACACGGCGAGAGGGAACAGGAGGUACGGAUUGAUGUACAGUUCGCCCUGUGAGGCUCGUUUGAUUCUUGGCCACUUGAUGGGUGGUGGCACGGGUCGGACGGUGACGGGUCGGUCCUUGGACAAUCAUCGUACGCACGUACGUACGUACGGCCAGGCUGGAGGCUGGGAUUGAUCAUCUCUAAUGGCGGGGAGGAGGUGGCGCCGCCAGGGGCAGGGACAUGUUGCUGGUGCUAGGGGCAGUUGUCUGAUCGUGGGGGUCGGCUGGCUUGUCUGGCGGACUGUGCUUGCUACAGUCGGAUCAGAGAUGGGAUGGGGUGAUGCUUGCCAUGGAACGAGCUGAUAUAUUGAGCCCAUAUCGCUGCAAGGGAAAGAGGGGAGCCGGCCGUCACCAUGCCCAUAGCUCUUGGAAAGCAUACCUAGGUUGCAGCACACAAUCUACUACCUAUUCAACUGUGAAGCCAUUGUGGAAAGCCGGCUUCUAGAGCCCCUGGGAUGAUCGAUCUGCUGCAAAACCUCCGUUGGCCCAGCCUGCCCAGGUGCUAUGGGGGGUUCUCCACCUGCCUGCCUAUCAACUUGUUGGCAUUGAUUCGAUGCGUGGGAGAGGCCGCUGAUUGUUGUCCUGGUGGUUGAGCUAGCUGGACCGAGGCAAUAAGUAAAUGCAUCGCACGAGGUUGGAGGAUCCCUGGGGCCGUCGGUGUCCACACAGCAUCCAACACACCAGCGCAAUCUUAGAAGUCUCUAAGGCGGGAUAUUGGUUGUGAGGCCCCAGACAUGACAAAGUAGUUUCG